CUUCCUUGUUUUCGCUUCCGAAGCAAAGGCGGAAGAAAACCACAGCAUUUUACAGAAGAAAAAGCUACGCAAUGCUCCCUUGACGAUAGACUACGCCGGAGAAAAGAGCAAACAACGAGCGAAAAGUGUAGACACCACAUCUUUUGCGAAAAAUCGAAAUUUGAAAAGACUUUACAUCACCUCCCUGCAACUCAAUAUGGGAAUUGCAGAUGUCGCGAAACUGUUCAAAAAUGCAUAUCAGAUAUCAUUGAAUUUUGAUUCUAAUUUUAGGACCGCUCAUGCAUACUAUGCUACUGAACAGCUUGCUGCCCAAGACUUUGAAGCCAAUCAGAACCUCACGAUAGAGGGGCAAAAAGUUUUUGUUGUGUAUGCAUCUGCUUCCAAGGAAAAAUCUCCAAAAAGGAAUAAAAAAGCUAAAAAACCUGCUGCCAAGAAAAUGAAGUUGGAGCCAAAAGUUGUCGAGGAUGAUGACGACGACGAUGAUGACGACGAUGACGAAUGAUUUUUAAUUUGAUUUUUACUAUUCAUUGUUAACUCCAUCAUAUGGACAUUCUUUUUUUAAAUAAAGUUUUUAUGUAGUGCCAGUAGGCAUACAUUCCUUC